GUUUGGCACAUCAAAUGGGUUUAGCACAUCAAAUGAUACCCCAGACAUCAAGCUUAUUUGGAGAACCUAGAAUUGAUGCCUCUAUGGAAAAGGGUUUAACACAUGCAAUGGGUUCAGCAUAUCAAAUGAUGCCCAGGACAUCAAGCUUAUUUGGAGAACCUAGUAUUAAUGCCUCUAUGGAAAAGGGUUUAACACAUGCAAUGGGUUCAGCAUAUCAAAUGAUGCCUAGGACAUCAAGCUUAUUUGGAGAACCUAGUAUUAAUGCCUCUAUGGAAAAGGGUUUAGCACAUGAAAUUGGUUUAGAACAUCAAAUGAUGCCCCGGACAUCAAGCUUAUUCGGAGAACCUAGCAUUAUUACCUUAAUAGUAAUGUCUGUUCUUACUUUUAAAUUCACAUGCGUGAAAGUGCUAAUAGUUGGAGUGAUAUUAUUUGUGACAGCUCGACCAAAAACCAUGCUGAAAUUAUUUUAAAUCAUGAAAUUUUCUUUCUACUACAUCAAUAAUUUUAAAUCAUAUAGUAGGAAUUGAAGCAAACAUGAAACCAAUAAUGUAUCGUCAUGUCCAUAGCUUAAUGGUUAACAGUCCCUAGACUAUUUUAGGAUGAGU